AUGGUUGUUGCGGGGUCGAAUAACGGAACCGUCGAUAGUGGCAACAUGAGAUCCUCAAUCAUGUUAGAGGAUAGAGUCGGCGGUGGAGAUCCUGGGGACUCCACCAUCAUGAUGAUCUCGGAGGCUCUUGCGCCCCGGCUGCUGAAGAUUGCGCACAGCGCCGCGGAAGCAGCAGCUGCAGUGGCGGCGGCGGCGGCAACGACGUCUCCGACCACCACCAGUCAGCCGCAGGUCAUGGAGACGAACGGGACCCAGUGCGGAGAGCAGAUCCUCAGCUUCGGCUGGGCUGAGAAAGUCCUGAUCGGCGGGAUCCUCACCAUGCUCACACUCUCCACCAUUUGUGGGAACUUGCUGGUGGUCAUCUCCGUGUGCUUCGUCAAAAAGCUGCGCCAGCCGUCCAACUAUCUGAUCGUGUCGCUUGCAGUGGCGGACCUGUCGGUGGCCCUGGCCGUGAUGCCGUUCGUCAGCAUCACGGAUCUGAUUGGUGGUCAGUGGAUUUUUGGACAGUUCUUCUGUAACGUUUUCAUCGCCAUGGAUGUGAUGUGCUGCACCGCGUCCAUCAUGAGUCUGUGCGUAAUCAGCAUCGAUAGGUAUCUGGGUAUCACGAAACCUCUGACGUAUCCCGUCCGGCAAAAUGGCUGCUGCAUGGCCAAGAUGGUGCUGUCCGUGUGGCUCCUCUCCGCCUCCAUCACCCUGCCUCCGCUGUUCGGCUGGGCGCAGAACGUCAACGACGGCAGAGUCUGCCUCAUCAGCCAGGACUUCGGCUACACCGUCUACUCCACGGCGGUGGCGUUCUACAUCCCCAUGUCGGUGAUGUUGAUCAUGUACAACCGCAUCUACCACACCGCCAAACUUAGCGCCGCCAAGCACAAUAUCACCUGCUUCCCCAGGGAGGGGGAAAGGGGCACGGGGGCGGGGGCGGCCCCUCGGGGGGCGAGAAGAGCCCAAGACGCUCAACGGCCGGCGCUAUCGGGAGAAACUGGAAGCGUCGACUCCACGGAGGGUGAGCGGGACGCCGAGGAAGAGGAGGAGAGCUUGGACUGCGUGGCGGCGGCGUUGAAGCUCCAGCGCGAGGUGGAGGAGGAGUGCGGCACUCGCGUCUUUCGCCUCCUCAAGACCGGCGAACACCAACCACGGCGGAAGAGGAGAAACCAGUCCAUCUUCAAGCGGGAGCAGAAGGCCGCCGCCACUCUGGGCAUCGUGGUCGGUGCCUUCACCUUCUGCUGGCUGCCGUUCUUCUUGGUGUCCACCGCCAGGCCCUUCGUCUGCGGCGUGGAGUGCAGCUGCGUGCCGCUCUGGCUGGAGAGAACUCUGCUGUGGCUGGGAUACGCCAACUCCCUCAUUAAUCCCUUCAUUUAUGCAUUUUUCAACCGUGAUCUGAGGACCACCUACAGUAACCUCCUGCGGUGCCGCUACCGGAACAUCAAUCGGAAGCUGUCGGCGGCGGGCAUGCACGAGGCUCUGAAACUGGUGGCGAAGCGAGACUCUGAUGAGUAG